AUGCCACCCCACAGAAAUGGAAACCUCUCCAUGGUCUACUUUCAAGAUUUUGUGCUGGAGGGAUUUGAGAGUGGCCUGGGGACCCAGGCCCUGCUCUUUGCUGUGUUCCUGGCCUUGUACAUGAUGACUGUGCUGGGGAACCUCACCAUGAUCAUGAUUAUCACCCUGGAUGCCCACCUGCACUCCCCAAUGUACUUCUUCCUCAAGAAUCUCUCCUUCCUGGAUUUGUGCUACUCAUCUGUCAUCACCCCCAGUGCCCUGGUCAACUUCUUUUCCCCAUCCAAGGUCAUCACCUUUGCAGGCUGUGCCACCCAGUUAUUCUUUUUCUCCCUACUGGUCACUACUGGGGGUGUCAUGGCCUAUGAUCGCUUCAUGGCGAUCUGCAGCCCCUUGCGCUACCCCAUCACCAUGUGCCAUUCUGCCUGCACUCGCCUGGUUCUAGGCACCUACUGUGGAGGCUGCCUCAACUCUGCUGUGCAGACGAGCUUCACAUUCCGCCUCCCAUUCUGCAGCUCCAAUCACAUCAACCACUUCUUCUGUGAUGUUCCCCCCUUGCUCCAGCUUGCCUGUGGCAACAUGGCCAUCAGUGAACUUCUCUUGUUUGGUAUCUGUGGGCUCAUCAUUGUAGGUGUGACAUUUGUGGUCCUCGUCUCCUAUGGCUACAUCACAGUGACCAUCCUGAGGAUGCACUCAGGAGCUGGGAGAUGCAAGGUCUUUUCCACCUGUGGCUCCGACAUGGCUGCAGUGACUCUCUUUGUUGGGACUGUCUUUGUCAUGUAUGCCCAGCCAGGAGCAAUUGAAUCCAUGGAGCAGGGCAAGGUGGUCUCUGUCUUCUACACGCUGGUCAUCCCGAUGCUCAAUCCCCUCAUCUACAGUCUGCGAAACAAGGAUGUGAAGGAGGCCCUGUAGAGGCUGGGCCAGAAAUACACAGCCAUGUGA